AAAACACCAACAGGACAGCGAGUUGUACACAGAAAAGUUCUCUGCAGACUAAUGUGCAGGUAAAGAUUAGCGAGAGCCGAGCUGGUGGAGUUCUUCACAUUUUGGAAGAAGCGCGCGGAGCCUGAAGAGGAGAAUCGAAUUAAAAGCUUUGUCAGUGAGAAAGAAAAACUCAGAUAGAGUUCCUAUCUCACUCUCGCAGUUGAGAUCUUGAACGGAUCGCGGCCGGCGUGUCGCCACUGCAGGACAAUGGUCAGUAAAGCGACUUUAGUUUUACUCAUCUAUGGACUCAUAAUGCAUUACAGCAUCAACUGCUCACCCGUGGGACUCAACUAUCCUAAUUUUAGAUUUGACAGUGAGGUUUAUGAUGAGGAUGGAAAAUCAUUAUUGCCUCAGGAAUUUGACAGAGUCCAAAUGGAUGGGGGAAGCCCUCCCUCUGUAGCUGACGACGAAGACUACAUGUUGUAUUACCCAGCAGAGAAAAGAAUGGAAAGGCAUGCAGACGGCAUGUUUAAUCAAGCCUACAGGAAAAAGCUGGGUCAAUUAUCAGCAUGGAAAUAUGCACAUUCUCUGAUGGCAAAACGUGUAGGCGGAGGGAAAGCGUUGGACGAAAGCGCUGAUUCUCUGUCCAAGAGACACUCAGACGGAAUCUUCACAGACAGCUACAGCCGCUACCGAAAGCAAAUGGCCGUCAAGAAAUACCUGGCAGCAGUCCUUGGGAAAAGCCUUGAAGACAUAGGUUUGCACCAAAUCCUACAAGACAUAGACUUUGAUGCCCUCCCGGACGGGGAUGAGUUUGAGGCUUUUUUGGGAGACUGGCUGAAACAGGUCUUUCCCAAAUAACUGGCUUUGUGACGCAGGAAGCAGUUUGCUGCUGUGGUGCCUUGCAUCAACUUUAAAAUCACCAUGAAUCACAGAUGGCAAUUUAGUGGCCCUACAAUGCUGCACAUCAUCAGUUCACAUUUCACCCUUUUGUUGUUGUUGUUGUUUUUGUGUUUCACAUCUAGUUUAGAUGUCAGUCUUUCUUGCACUGCUUUCUUUGUCACUUUGUUCUCAGAGUGCUAGAUUUUUGUGACAAUAAAGGAAGGAACAAUUUCCCACUUAUGGUAUGAUGAAACAUAUGUGUCAUAUUAAAAGCGCCAAUGGCCUUACUAAAUUUAAAUGAUAUA